GCCCAGGGUCAGCUGGGACAGGCGCCAGCAGGCCUUCGCGAGGAGAAGCAGUACGGACAAUGGAUGGAUGGGUGGACAUCGGAUGUACCGUAACGCCUGCAAACAAGCGGCGGCCCAAAGCCAUUCGUCGGCGCGUGCCCUGCCUCCGCCGCGGGCUCGGCCUACUUCCUGGUGGAGCAGUGGGGCGUCCUCCCCGCUGCUUCCACUCCGACGAGGUUUGCCGAUGGUCCGCAGUCCUCGCUGCUUGAAACAUGGGGAGCACGGUGAUGGAGGCCGGCAAGGGAGGCUCCAAGAAGCUGCCCAAGAGGAGGAGAAGUCUGCGUAUUAACAUGCCCGAGUUUUCGCCGUUUGCUUCUCCUCAGGGGGAAAUGAUUUGCUCGGCCAGAAGCCCAAAGACGGGGGAGCGUUGCGUCUGUUCGGCCAGCCUGACCGGCGGACAGCCUGCCGCCGACCCGCCGCCGUGCCCGCAGUCGGCCCCGGUGCAGUCCAAGUCCGGCUCGGGUUCCCCGAAGAGCAUCUUCUCCUAUUCCUGCUAUCAGAACUCCCCGCCCAAAUCCCCCCGCCGCCUCAGCUUCAGUGGCAUCUUCCGUUCCUCAUCUGGCACCAGCCCAGCGAGCAUCAAGAUAUUCUCCAGAGCCCGCAGAGCCUCUGGACUCUCCACGCCACCUUCCACCCCAACGCAGGCCUCCAGCCAGCCUGCGUUCCCCCAGGAGGCCCAGCAGGGCGGCCCCAGCCCGGAAGGCCCGGGGGAACGCUCUCGCCCGCGCUCGGUGUCCACGCCGCCGGACACGGGACAGCGCCUCGGCCUUCCCUCCGCCAAACCCCCGAAACCUUCCUCCGGCCCCGUGCCAGCGUUCUCUACCUCACAACACGUGUCCGGUUUAUUCGAAGGCAUGCUGGAGAAACUCGAACUCGACGACGACGCUGCUGAGCCUGAGAGUGACAUUUACAUGCGCUUUAUGAAAUCCCACAAGUGCUACGACAUUGUGCCAACCAGCUCCAAGCUGGUCGUGUUCGACACGGCUCUCCAAGUUAAGAAAGCCUUCUUUGCCUUGGUGGCCAAUGGCGUGCGAGCGGCUCCACUGUGGGACACAGAGAAACAAAGCUUUAUAGGCAUGCUGACAAUCACAGACUUCAUCAUCAUACUUCACAGAUACUACAAGUCACCGAUGGUGCAAAUAUACGAGUUGGAAGAACAUAAGCUUGAGACGUGGAGAGAGGUUUACCUUCAAGCAACGUUCAAACCUCUUGUCAACAUAUCGCCCGAUGCGAGCCUUUUCGACGCCGUGUACACGCUCAUCAAAAACAAAAUCCACCGCCUGCCUGUCAUCGACCCCGUGACCGGGAACGCACUUUAUAUUCUUACGCACAAGAGGAUCCUCAAGUUCCUCCAGCUCUUUAUGUGUGAGAUGCCAAAGCCAGCUUUCAUGAAGCAGACCCUGGGGGAGUUGGGCAUCGGCACGUACCAGGAAAUUGCCUUCAUCCACCCCAACACGCCCAUCAUCAAAGCCCUCAACAUCUUUGUGGAGAGGAGAGUGUCAGCUUUGCCCGUGGUCGAUGAGUCAGGCAAAGUUGUGGACAUCUACUCUAAGUUUGACGUCAUCAACCUGGCAGCAGAAAAGACUUACAACAACCUUGACAUCACAGUGACCCAGGCCCUCAAGCAUCGCUCCCAAUACUUCGAAGGAGUCAUGAAGUGCCAUAAAAUGGAAACAAUGGAGACCAUUGUGGACAGAAUUGUGAAAGCAGAAGUGCAUCGGUUGGUGGUGGUGGACGAGCGUUCCAGCAUCGAGGGCAUCGUCUCCCUGUCGGACAUCCUCCAGGCCCUGGUGCUCAGCCCAGCAGACGGCUGCAAGGAGGAGAACCUGCCCGGGUGAGAGGAAGCCUCAGCUUAAAGAGGAGACGUGGUGAGAGCUAAAAACAAACAAAGCAAAAAACAAAACAAAAAAAACCUUCGAAAGCAAAAGCAAGCUGAUGCAACGUAGAAACCAAAGAGGUAGUGAGCACUGAGGACUGCGCUUGUUGAUUGUACUGUAUGUUGAUUGUUCGCAUCAGACCAGUACGUGUACAUACAAUAUGCUGUGUACAUAUCCAUGUAUGAAUAUAAAUAUUAUCAAAGCACACCAUUCUCGUCGCCUUGCCGGGGAAUGGUGGACCAGAUCAGACGGGUUUGAAAAUUGUUGAGUGGUUGGUUUAACUUGUCAGAAUUUUGUCACACCGAAGGUUAAAAAGAAAACGGAAUUAAAAAACAAAAAAAGGUCCAGCUUUAGAGAUACUUACAUAAUAAGAAUAAUAAUUUCACACUCUUGUGAUUCCAGUUAAGAAGAGAUUUUUCUUUCCAGGUCGUUUUCAUGUCAGCAAUGUUGAGAAACGCGUGAGGAUAUAACAUUAGUGCAGUCAGCAUUAAUUUUGACAAAUAAGAAGCAUCAUCCCAAUCUUCAAAUAUUUUUUUUAGGUUUAUUUUCUGUUUUGGAUAAAAAUAAAAAAAGUAACAUGAUUUGAAAAGAUUGUAUUUCUUGCAAGUAGUGGCCACAGGUGCUUAGGUGCAGAUCAGAGGAGGAAUCCAUUAGUCGGGAGCUUGUCAUUUAGACAUAUUCCAAAAAUAUUACCGCUCCACGCACAACAUCGUGGAGCGACCACAGUCGUGCUAAUCGUUAUUAUUGAAGACGGCGUCUUCGCAGAACAUAAGCUCUGCUUUAAUACUGCGCUGGUUACAACAUGCGUCUCCACCUCACUUAAUUCAUCUGAUAAACCGUUCACAUGCAUGGGUAGGUGCUGCUGUUUUGGUUAGGAAAAAGAGUUAAAAAGGGCUCAGCGGUUCUCUCUCGUUCUAAAAUCUGUGUGUCAACAACAACAUAUACGAGGUAGCUCCAGUUGUUACCGGUUUUGUUUGAGGAAGCCGUCAGUUUCUUUGAAGUGGAUGAGGCACAUUGGGACACGCAGUCGAUUUGCGAGACGGGCCACUAUUGGAGGAAAUGCGUGUCAUGCUUUUCAUUAUGACUGAAGUGCAUUUUCAUUUUUUUCGAGGAAGAUGAUGUUAACAAAAGAAGCAUGACCGCAGCUGGACAUGUAGCUCAUCUCCCCGAUGGACUGUAAAUAGGAUUAUUCUUUUUUCUUUUCUUUUUUUGGUCACAGAAAGCUUUAUUUUUUUAUGAGCACGGCAUUAAAGAGACUGCUGUUUUCUGUUUUUGCUUUUUUUGUAAAUAUACUGCUGGAUCCACAUGUACAGCAGUAUGAAUGUUCUUUUGCUGUUGUUUUUUUUUUUCUAUUUUUCUGCCUGCGGAAAAAUAAAAGACACUGAAUGUAUGUUAAACUCGGUUAUUUGUUUUUAUUUUGUCUAUAUAUACUUUUAUUCGGGUCCUUUUUGUGUGUGUUAAGCGGGGUGCACGCAUACGAUAGUCGGGCAAAAUUUCUGUCAUUUCUUUCCCCCCCCCCCCGACUCCCGAUCAAUGUUAGCAAAGGCCUGAUCAUCAGAUUUCUUUAAAAGAUUAUCUUGAGUGAUUAUCUAUGGCAAGGGUGUCAAACUCAUUUUUGUCACGGGCCACAUCGCAGUUAUGAGAAGACUGUAAAAACAUGUUUUUCAACUAUUACAUUUCAUUUCCAAGGGGUAUUGGUAACAAAACAAUGCUUGCAAAUAUCUCAAUGGUAUUACACUAGAAACACAAUUAGCGAUUUUUGAUUUGCUUUCGCGGGCCACUUAAAGUGAUGUGGUGGGCCGGAUCUGGCCCCCGGGCCACCAGUUGGACACCCGUGAUCUAUGGUGUGGUGCGUGAUAUUUUUUCUGUACGAUCUGCUCUGAAAACGGUCUGGGCCGACAAUCAUAAGUGUUAAAUGUUUAAUAUUUGUGAUGGAAAGAGAUGAAAGCUGGUUUUGUUGAGUGUUUGUAUAAUAUCGCUCACUUUCUGUCACU